GGCUGGGUUUCUCUGUACAUGCAGCAGUUUCGGUCAGAGCCGCCAGUUUCCUUCUGCUGGGGACAGAGCAAAGAGGAAGCCGUACGGCCGAUGCCCCCUGCGACCGGGCUGGCAAACCCAGGAGGUGAGGGCUUGCGCAGGGGCUAACAGCGCUGGGCUGUGCGGGCCGGGCAGGUGCCAGGGCCAAGCGGGAGCGGGCCAAGAGGAAGGGCCCUGUGCUGGGUAGACCACAGCAGCUGUGGUGGGGACGGCCAUGGCUCCGUCUGCCUCUGCAGUAGCAUUGCGCCUUCCACCCCUGUGACUGGGGCAGCAGCGGCUCUCCUCUCCCCAGCACACCGGUGGUUAUUCCCUCCUCCUCCCUGGGCCCUGCAAUAUGCGGACGCCGUCGGUGAUGAUCGUGGGCCUGGUCCUGGGCCCCUGCGGCCUGCUGCUGAACCUCAUCAGCACGCUGACUCCCUGCUGGAGGCAGGUGAGCAGAAUACCCAGCAAUCCCGUGGAUCUGAUCUAUCAGCAGGGCAUCUGGGACCUCUGCGAAGAGACCCAGAGCACCCACCAGCGCCAGUGCGGCCUGCCUGAUGAACUCGGCUACUUCUCCAUGCAGCCAGUGCAGGUGGCCAAGGGGCUGAUGGUCUCCUCGCUGAUUGUGACUGUGGUGGGGCUGGUGGUGGCUGCUCUGGGGGUGCGCUGCUGGCAGGAAGAGCCCCACUACCUUCUGGCAGGCCUCUCUGGCCUGCUACUCUUCGCCUCCGGGCUGAUGAGCCUCAUCCCCGUCUCAUGGUACAACCACGACCUCAGCACCCUGCCAGUGCCCGCAGACAGCACCUUGGAGGCGGGCUACAGCCUAGUGCUGGGCUACCUGGGCAGCUGCCUGGAGCUCAUUGGGGGCUUCUCCCUGGCACUCAGCCUCCACCAGUUCUGCCAGGAGUGCAGGAGAAAGAAGGCAGCUACCAAAUAUCCCCACCACAGCCAGCAGGGCCCUGCCACUGUAUCUUCCAGAGGCUUCAUGCCCCGCAGCCAGAAGCCGGCUCCCAAGUCCUUCAGCAACCCCGUGGAUGUACUGGAGGGAGAAAGAAGCUUCAGCCGCUCCCUGCCCUGUGACUCAGACUUAUAGCCCUGCCACAGUGGGCCUGGCAGACACAGCCCCGACCAACACGAACGUGGGCAGUGCGGCACGAGCCGAGAGGAGCCCCUGCCAACGAGAGGCCAAGGCUGACAGGAAGGGGCACUGUGCCAGGCUGACAGCAGCAAGGACCUCUCCCUGCCUCUCUGCAGAUGGACCCUCCUGCUGCAGCAGCGGGGGCCUACGAGAGUUUGGUACCCAGAACUGCAGCCAUUUCUUGUGGGCUCUGCACAAGAGGUGGAUAUUUCUGUGUAUAGGCAUAGCAAGGGUGACAUUAUUGAUGAUUUGCACAUUACUGCCUGGCCAUGGUGACUUAGACAGUUCACAGGAGGGGGCAGAUAAAAUCUUCAAAAGCACCUACGUGACUUAGGACCCUCCAUCUCGUUGGAAGUCAGUGGGAUUUAGGCUCCUAAUUGCCUAAAUUACUUUGGGUAAAUUUUUCAAAAUUCUCCAGGGCUUUUCAGUGGCGGCUUGGAGCCUAAAAACCUUUGAGGAUCUGGGCCAAGUGACGUAGGAGCCUGACACCAUGUCCUUGGGAGAUGCGGGGCGCGCAGCUCUUUUGAAUACGCACGUGCUUAGUUCAGAGUCUAAAUAUGGAGCCUAACUUUAGCCACCAGCAUAUGCGAUUCUUGGCCAGAGAUGUUACGGACAGACUGUUCAGAAAAGUGACCCAGGUUAUUGCAGUCUAGUUAUUGUAUCUCUAUGUAAUCAGCACCUUCUCAGCUUCAGCAUUUACAGCUGGAAGGCUGCUGAGUUCUAGCAUUCAGUCACUUCUUUGGACAGAAGCAUGGCGAGCCGGGCUGGAUUUAGGGGCAGGCAACCCAAGUGACUCUCUGAGAGGCUGGGCUUGGGGCGGGGUGCCGGUGGUCCGAGUGCUCUCUUCGUUGAGAGCAACAAAAGGGAAGGACAGGUUUCAGGUAUUCUGUCCCUGGAUUCAUUUUUCACCAACCUAGAAUGUUCUGGAACUUUGUAGAAUCUCGUGGAACCUUCCAGACUUUCUCAGAACCACAUUUUCCUUGAACCUCCUAGACUGUUUUCAGCUAUGCCCAUGGGUGUAUAAGGGGCGACAUGGGUGGCAGGUAUCGUGGGGGGGGGACAGGCUGUGCCUCCCCAAACAGCCCAGCAUGGCUUUGCCCACACUCCGUCUGAGGCCCCCUCCUGCUUGUCCUUCCCCCUUGGCCCCAGCCCAGGCUGACUUCUCGUCUUCUGGAAAGCUGGAUGGGGCAGCUGUA